AUGAUUGCAUUUAUUCAAGCCUGGUUUUGUACGAUGAGGUCCAUGGUUUUGAUAGCUCUCGUGGCGUUGGUCCUUUGCGACGAAGGACUGGCCAGACUCUUGGAUGAAAAAUGUGAGAGUCAGGAGGAGUUUGGAGGCACCUCUGAACGACCACUCGGCACUUCUUGGAUGGCAAGCGUGUACAACGAAACGGGACAUCACUGCGGAGGAUCAUUAAUAACCAAACGUUUCGUUCUAACAGCUGCUCAUUGUAUAGAGGGACAGGAUUUACUGUAUGUGCACUUGGGAGAAUACGACCGAUCCUGCCCUCCAUGGAAAUGCAUGGGGGAAGUGGACCCCUUUAAUGUAAGCGUGGCCAUAGUUCAUGGUCAUUUUUCUUUUGAUCACGGGCAGUAUGAUAUAGGACUGCUAAGACUGGAGAGAGAAGUUCAGUUCAAUGUGUUCAUUCGACCAAUUUGCAUUAUUUUAGAUGACCCGGUAAAUUCAGCGGCAGUCAACGAAUACUGGGUCUACGGUUGGGGAAUGCUUCGUGCUUUUGGGAAAAAAAGCAACAUUCUGCAGGCCAUAAAACUGUACCAGCGGGAAUUGAAAGAUUGCAGAUAUACCAUAAUGCCUUUAACUGAUAGGCAGAUCUGUGCCGGGGCUACCAUAGGCGACACUUGUGGAGGUGACUCCGGUGGUCCUUUGGCAGCCUAUUUUACCUACCAGGGAAUAAAAAGAUUCGUACAAUUUGGGAUAGUCAGUUACGGCAGAAAUUUUUGCAAUUCCAAUGGUGUCUACACAAAUGUGAUGAGCUAUCAAAAAUGGAUAGCUGAUACUAUAAGCCGUUAUGAAGACAAAAACACAUUGUUAAAUAUCAGAUUUAACUAG